ACAAACCCGAAUAAUCCAACAGGGAUAAUCCCGUCAGAAGUCAAGCCCCGCCCUGGAAAGAUUCUACGGUUAGGUGGUGAUCUAAGAUGGGAAGAUGCACAUGAACCACUUCAUAUAGAUAUUGAUGUGAACAAGACUUGUGGAGUGGGGCCAGGGAUGGCGUUUGCGAAUGCGGUGUUGAGAGGUGACCCAAGGCGGUUUCGGGUGGUUGGGUUGGUGCCAUGUGCGAUUGGAGGGAGUGGGAUAAGAGAGUGGUCCCGUGGCGGUAGACUUUUUGAUGGGUUGACAAGAAGGGCGGCAGCAGCGGUGCAAGGUGGCGGGGAGAUUCGGGCGGUGUUAUGGUUUCAAGGGGAGAGAGAUACAUUGAACAUAAGUGAUGCUGAAUUGUAUAAAGAGAGAUUGAGGAAAUUGUUUAUUGAUUUGAGAACUGAUUUGAAGGUUCCAUUGCUUCCUGUUAUCCAGGUUGCUUUGGCCUCUGGUGAAGGACCUUAUAUAGAAACGGUAAGAAAAGCUCAAUAUGAAAUCAACCUUCCAAAUGUAAUGACAGUGGAUGCAAAGGGACUCUUACUGGAACCAGAUGGGCUUCACCUCAGCACCCAUGCCCAAGUUCAGGUUGGGAAGAUGUUGGCUCAUGCUAUGCUUCAGUCACGUUGUGCUAGGUAGUCUUUAAUUGUGAAUAUUAUCAUCAUUGUUACACACAUAUAUACGGAGGUGCAUUUGGUUUACUUUCAAAAUUAAUUCAUAAUCAUAUGUGAUGAAAACUGUACUCUCUGAGUCUCUUGAGUUAUUAAAAACUGUAAGAUACAUCUGGAAAUUGUGAUUGGUCAAACGUGACAUGUCGCGAGAAUAUGGUUUUUCCGGUUGUUAUUUCAAGACACCGGUACCCGCGGUAAUUAGUUGGGUACCCGAGGAAUACACAUGGCGUGGAGCGAAGGGCGAGUUUAUGUGGACGAGUGGUUGAGAGAAUUGGGUAACAAAGGCAUCCAAACACGC